UGCCACGUGACAGUCGAGCCCUGUGUGUUUCAGAUAAUUAUGCGAGAUGUCGUUUUGUAUGAACAAUUUGUGGAGAUCUGCUAUACGACUAUCUUCUAACGCUGCUGUCACGUCAACGCGAUUAGUGGCUAUUCGCUGCAAAAGAUUUGGUGAUAAGCGCGGUGAGCUCUGCCAGACGAGAACCCAUAGUAACAAUACACAGCACGUCUCAAGAAAGCUGGUGCGGAAUGGGAAGGAUAAGCAGUUAGUGGUCUUUAUAGAGGGGAAUAUUGCUAGUGGGAAGACGACAUGCCUACAGUAUUUCAGCAAAACCAGUAACAUUGAGGUGCUGACUGAGCCAGUUUCCAAAUGGAGGAAUGUUCGAGGGCACAACCCCCUGGGGUUGAUGUACCAGGACCCUACUCGAUGGGGCAUCACUCUACAGACCUAUGUUCAGCUAACCAUGCUGGACCGACACCUCUCCACAAUGUCAGCCCCAGUGAGAAUGAUGGAAAGGUCCAUCUACAGUGCCAAGUACAUCUUUGUGGAAAAUCUUUUCAGAAGUGGGAAGAUGCCAGAGGUGGACUUUGCUGUUCUUAGUGAGUGGUUUGAGUGGAUCACACAGAACAUUUCCAUUCCUGUGGAUCUUAUUGUUUACCUCCAGUCGUCUCCACAGACCUGCCACGAGAGGCUGAAAGAGCGAUGCAGGGAGGAGGAGAAGAUCAUUCCUUUGGAAUAUUUAGAGGCAAUCCAUCAGCUGUAUGAAGACUGGCUGAUAAAGAAGACGUCCUUCAAUGUUCCUGCUCCAGUCCUUGUAAUUCCAGCAGACGAUGACUUGCAGAAGAUGCUCCACCAGUAUGAGGAGAACAGAGAGAAGAUUUUAGCAGGGAGCAAUGUGUGAGUGAAGUACUCAGUAUUCAGACCCCUUGACUUUUUCCACAUUUUUUUUAGGUUGCAGCCUUAUUCUAAAAUUGACUUAAUUGUCGCCCCCCCCACCAAAUCUACUCACAAUACCCCAUAAUGACAAAGCAAAAACAGGUUUUUAGAAAUGUUUUCAAAU